UGGACCAGACACUUUGAUGCCUGGAAACAUGAUGCAUCCCUCAGCUGGACAAGACAAAGCCCUCUCUUUGAUGGAUUCUUCCACUGGCCUGUCCGAUGGGUCUGGAAAGUCCCAAGGUAACAGCUCCAAGGAGGAGACAAACAGUGUUGCUCAAGAGAGGAGUGAACUGGACCUCCUGGGAGAUGACCUCAAACCCCCGAAGGAGGCUUCUGAAACCCCAGACUGGAAGAGGGCGAGUGGGGUCGGACAGGACCGCAAGUCCCCCGAGUCCCUCCAGGACCAACUGAGUGAACUCCAGAAGCGUCAGCAGCAGCAGCAGCAUCAGCAGCUCUCGGUCUCCGACCGCCACGUCUACAAGUACCGCUGCAACCACUGCAGCCUGGCCUUCAAGACCAUGCAGAAACUUCAGAUACAUUCCCAGUACCACGCCAUCAGAGCUGCCACCAUGUGUAGCCUCUGCCAGAGGAGCUUCAGGACCUUUCUCGCCCUCCGGAAGCACUUGGAGACCGGACAUCCUGAGCUCAGUGAAGCAGAGGUCCAGCAGCUGGUUGGAAGCCUACCGAUCAAUGGGGACAUCUCCGAGAGCGAGGCCAGGGCCUUCGAGGAAGCACACGCCUUCGAUCAGGACAUGGACAAAGAUGAGGAGCUGGACCAGGAGGAAAAGGCCAGCCCAACUGGAAGUGACAGCAGCUCGUUGCUGGACGAUAUGGGAGCAGAACCCAAACGGACCCUGCCCUUCAGGAAAGGGCCGAACUUCACCAUGGAGAAGUUCCUGGAUCCAUCCCGUCCUUACAAGUGUACAGUGUGCAAGGAAUCCUUUACUCAAAAGAACAUCCUCCUAGUUCACUACAACUCAGUGUCCCACCUGCACAAGCUGAAGAAGGUUCUCCAAGAGGCAUCGAGCCCUGUGCCACAGGAAACCAGCAACAACAUCGACAACAAACCAUUCAAAUGCAAUGUUUGUAACGUCGCCUACAGCCAAAGCUCAACUUUGGAGAUUCAUAUGAGGUCCGUGCUCCACCAAACCAAAGCAAGAACAGCCAAAACAGAGACAAGCAACAGCAGCAGCAGUGCUGGAAACAGUGGGAUCAGUGGUCUGACCCCCGCAAAGAGCCCAGCCCCGUCUGCACAAGGGAACAGCAACAACUCGGACACCGCAAGAAGCGCAACGCCGUCGGCUAACAAAGAAAACACUGUAGAAGCCAAAGAAGCCAACAACAGCAGCAGCUUAAAGCAAACCACAACUACUGACCACGCCCAGUCCGCACAGUCGUCCAGCCUUCAGGCGGCCCAGUCCGCAGCUCAGCUGCAGAUGCAGCUUCAGCACGAACUCCAGCAGCAGGCUGCUUUCUUCCAGCCCCAGUUCCUCAACCCGGCUUUCUUCCCCCACUUCCCCAUGACCCAGGAGGCCCUGCUGCAGUUCCAACAGCCCCAGUUCCUCUUCCCCUUCUACAUCCCCGGGGCAGAGUUCAACCUCAGUCCCGAGCUGGCCUUGCACUCGGCGGCCGCGUUCGGGAUGCCCGGCCUCACCGGCUCCUUCCUGGAGGAUCUGAAACAGCAGAUGCAGCAGCAGCACCAGCUGCAGCAGGCGCAGGCUCAACAGCAGCACCAACAGCAGCAGCAGCAACAACAGCAAGUCUCCCAGUCGCAGCUCCAGCAACAGAAAAACCAGCAGUCCCAGACACACAAAACCAAAAUGGAGCCCAGCAGUGUGUCAGUCUCCGAGAUCCAGAUGUCCAGAGAGGCAGAGGAGCACCUGGAGAAACAGGAGAACAAGGCCAAGAUGGAGAAUGGAGCUGAUGGGAGCAGUGAGGGAGGAAAAGACAACAAAGACGCCAAGAAGCCAAAGUUUUCAGAGCCGUUGAUUCCUCCUCCACGUAUUGUCUCCGGCGCUAGAGGCAACGCAGCCAAAGCGCUCCUAGAGAACUUCGGGUUCGAGCUCGUCAUCCAGUACAACGAGAACAGGCAGAAAAGUCAGAAGAAAAACAAAGAGGGAGAACUGGUAGUGGAGGUGAAUAACGAUAAGCUGGAGUGUGGCGUGUGUGGAAAGCUUUUCUCCAACAUGCUCAUUCUGAAGAGCCACCAGGAGCAUGUACACGGUCAGUUCUUCCCCUACGGCGAGCUGGAGAAGUUCGCUCAGCAGUACAGAGAAGCUUACGACAAACUUUACCCCAUAAACCCCUCCUCACCCGAGACUCCUCCCCCUCCGCCGCCUCCCCCUGCCCCCCCAGCCCCAGUCACAGCUCAGCCUCCCCCCACCUCCAUGGCAAAGACCCAGGCCCCAUCUCCUUCCCCAACCCAAACCCCACACCAGGUUCCCCAGCCUCAACCAACACCCCCUCCUCCACCUCCCCAGCAGCAGGCUGUACCUCAACAAGUGCAGCUCCCUGUCCCCAUGGACCUGCCCCUCUUCUCCCCUCUGAUGAUGCAGUCUGUCCAGCACCCAGGGUUAUCCCAUCAGCUGGCCCUUCAACUGCCAUCUAUGGACUCCCUGUCCUCGGACCUCACACAGCUCUGCCAACAACAGCUGGGUCUCGACCCCAACUUCCUCCGCCAGUCCCAGUUCAAGAGGCCGCGUACUCGCAUCACCGAUGAUCAGCUGAAGAUCCUCAGAGCCCACUUCGACAUCAACAACUCCCCCAACGAGGAACAGAUACAGGAGAUGGCCGACAAGUCUGGCCUUCCUCAGAAAGUCAUCAAGCACUGGUUCCGCAACACCCUCUUCAAAGAGAGGCAGCGAAGCAAAGACUCCCCCUAUAACUUCAACAUCCCGCCCAUCACAACACUGGAAGACAUCAGAAUUGAGUCCCAGUACAACACACUGGAGUACUACCGAACUGAUGCAACUAUGAACAAGAGAUCAUCCAGGACCAGGUUCACCGAUUAUCAACUGAGAGUCCUGCAAGACUUCUUUGACACGAACGCCUACCCGAAGGACGACGAGAUCGAACAGCUGUCCACGGUGCUAAACCUUCCCACGCGCGUGAUCGUAGUGUGGUUCCAAAACGCCCGCCAAAAAGCCAGGAAGAGCUACGAGAACCAGGCCGACGCGAAAGACGAGAAGAAAGAACUCACCAACGAGCGCUACAUCAGAACCACCAACAUGCAGUACCAGUGUAAAAAGUGCAACGUCGUGUUUCCGCGCAUCUUCGACCUCAUCACCCACCAGAAGAAGCUGUGCUACAAGGACGAGGACGAGGAAGGGAAUGAGGACAACCAUUCUGAGGAGUACAUAGAUGCUGGCGACCUGGGUCCUAGCAAGCACAUGGAGCUACACAAGCCGCCGCCCCACGGAGCCUCAACUAGCUCAGGCUCCAGCUCUCCUCUGAUGCCCUCUCCUCGACCUAACCUGGGAAAGAGCUCCCCUAAACCAGAACCGCUCUCUGAAACCAAGUCCAAACCGACAGAGACUGCCCCGGCCCCAGUGAUAAAACCCCAGUCCGAGCCGAGACCAUCCAAGGCGUCCACCCCUCAACCACCCCCUCAGAAGGCCCCUCAACCACAGACGUCCAGGCCUCACUCCCAGCCCCAGUCUGCUGCAGUGCCCUCCAGCCCCCUCUCCUUAGCCCUUUCCUCCCUGACCAACAGCCUUCCACAUCAUAUGCUUCAGUACCAGUGUGACCAGUGUAAGAUCGCAUUCCCCACAGUGGAACUCUGGCAGGAACACCAGCACAUGCAUUUCCUGGCGGCCCAAAACCAGUUCCUCCACUCCCAGUUCCUGGAGAGGCCUAUGGAUAUGCCCUACAUGAUCUUUGACCCUAACAACCCCCUGAUGACCAGUCAGCUGCUGUCAGCUGGACUCUCCCAAAUGCCCUCUCAGAGUGUUUCAGGUAUGAGCUCUGGCUCGGGCUCCAUGAAGAGGAAACUAGAUGACAAAGAGGAAAGCUCCAAUGACAAAGAUUGCAGCAUCAGCGCCGAAGAGCAACACAGAGACAAGCGCCUCAGGACCACCAUCACGCCUGAGCAACUUGAGAUCCUGUACGACAAAUACCUACUGGACUCCAACCCUACGCGAAAGAUGCUCGAUCACAUCGCACGCGAGGUUGGCCUGAAGAAAAGAGUGGUGCAGGUGUGGUUUCAGAACACUCGUGCCAGAGAGAGAAAAGGACAGUUCAGAGCUCUGGGACCGUCACAGUCCCACAAGAAAUGCCCUUUUUGUAGAGCGCUCUUUAAGGCUAAAUCAGCUCUAGAUAGCCACAUACGCUCCAGACACUGGCACGAGGCCAAGCAGGCUGGCUUCAGUUUGCCCCCUAGCCCAAUGAUGAACCAAGACAACGAAAGAGGCGAAAGCCCGCAGAAGUAUAAUUUUUUUGAGUGUGCUCAGCUGUCCACCAAGACUGAGCCGAGUGAUUAUGAGCUACCAGCAGCAUCCUCAACCCCGGUCAAACCAUCUGAGUCACCGUUAAAAAACUUCUUGAGCCCUUCAUCCUUGAAAGCAGAAAACUGUGAUGAAACUGAAGGGCUUAACAUAAAUUCUGCAGAGGCGUCAUCUUACGACAUCAAGAUGGACUUCGACGAGACCUCCUCGAUCAACACGGCCAUAAGCGACGCCACGACCGGAGACGAGGGAAACAACAACGAAGUCGAGAGCCUCACGUCCAACGGAGGGGACAAGCUGGGGGACAAGAACAACCAGGCCCCGAGCUCGGAUGGGGGGGACGACAGGUGCCUCUUCAGCAUGGUGAGCCCCUCCCUCAGCUUCUCUGGCAAAGACGGAGACUCCUACUACAGCUACAGAGACGACGAAAUGGACGAAAUCAACGAUCAAAGUGAGUGUUCGAGCCUGGCUGACCCCAGCUCCCCCAGUCCUUUCGGAAACCCUUUCAAAUCCGGGAAGGGCAGCUGCAGCGGGGACCGGCCAGGCCACAAGCGCUUCAGGACCCAGAUGAGUAACCUCCAGCUCAAGGUCCUCAAGGCCUGCUUCAGUGACUACCGCACGCCCACCAUGCAGGAGUGCGAGAUGCUCGGCAGCGAGAUAGGACUCCCCAAACGCGUGGUGCAGGUGUGGUUCCAAAACGCCCGCGCGAAAGAAAAGAAAUUCAAGAUAAACAUCGGGAAGCCGUUCAUGAUAAGCCAAGGCUCGCCCGACGGCCCGAGACCCGAGUGCACUCUGUGUUGUGUGAAGUACACCGCCCGGAUGUCCAUCCGCGACCACAUCUUCUCCAAACAGCACAUCGCCAAAGUGCAGGAAACCCUGGGCAACCAGGUAGAUAGAGAGAAGGACUACCUAGCUCCCACGACUGUCCGUCAGCUGAUGGCCCAGCAGGAGUUUGACAGAAUGAAGAAGGCAGGGGACGGGCACAGCCCGCUAUCCCAGCAGCAGAACACAUCGGACAGCAACAAUGCACUUCAUGGCCUCAGCCUGCCAUCAGGCUACCCAGGGAUCUCUGGCCUGCCACCGGUCCUACUUCCUGGGGUCAACGGGCCAUCUUCACUUCCUGUUUUCCCACCUAACACACCUGCUUUAGCGGCGCCUGGUGCUGGCAUGCUUGGGUUUCCUACACCAGCCACCCCCUCUCCUGCCAUGUCUCUCAGCACUACCCCAACCAAGACUCUUCUGCAGACUCCUCCACCUCCACCUCCUCCUCCUCCUCCUCCUCCUGUUCCCUCCACACCUUUGACAGCAGUUAAUCAUACUGAGCAGCACCGCAAAGACCCAGAGAGAGACAGCAGGAAUAGCAGCAGCAGCAGCAGCAAGAGAGCAGGGGAGAAGCCUCCACAGACCAAGACCAAGGAAAGGGAAGCAGAGAACGUCGCUCGGCCGGGGACCCCCAGCGCGGCCAGGAAGAGGGAUAAACCAGCUCCAGCAGGGAAACCAGGAAGUGAGGGUUCAUUGGACGCAGCUCAGCUGCAAGCUCUUCAGAACGCCCUCGCCGCAAGCGACCCAAGCUCCUUCCUGGGAGGCCAGUUCCUGCCUUACUUCCUACCAGGGUUCUCCAACUGUUUUUCACCCCAGCUGCCCAGGGGGGUCCAGGCCGGGGGAUAUUUCCCCCCACUGUGCGGGAUGGAGAACCUUUUUCCUUUUGGCCCAGCCGCAGUCCCACAAGCAGGCAUGGCUGGUCUCUCCCCCACCGCUCUCCUGCAGCAGUACCAGCAGUACCAGCAGUCCCUCCAGGAUUCGAUGCAGAAGCCACAGAAGCAGAAACCAACUCCUGUGAAGUCAUCCCAGAGUGCACAGGGCAACGCCAACUCCUUCAAACCAAAACAAGCUGUGCAAGCGAAGGAUGACUACAACAAAGGCUCUUCGACGGAAAGCACAAGAGAAGAACCGAAAACGGAUACCAAAAGUACUACAGACUUUCCAGACGCUUCUAUCGUACCGUCCGUCAAGCAUGAGUUUAUAUGCAGGAAGUGCCAGAUGAUUUUUGCGGACGAAGAUUCAGUGGUUCGUCAUCAGAAGUCCUACUGUUACUUCGGACAGCCUUUUACCGACCCGCAAGAGACAGUGCUUCGGAAGGCGGUGAGCAAGUUCACCUGCGUCGCCUGCAACGUGGUUGUUAACGGAAAAGAGGCGCUCGGCCAACACCUUCAGUCCAGCUUGCACAAAGAGAAAACAAUCAAACAAGCAAUGAGAAAUGCCAAAGAGCAUACUAGAUUAUUACCUCACUCUGUCUGCUCCCCUCCUCCUAACACCACAUCUACCUCACAGUCUGCAGCUUCGUCUAAUAACACCUUUCCUCAUCUCUCUCGCUUGUCCAUGAAGUCCUGGCCAAACGUCCUUUUCCAGGCAACAGCCCGAAAAGCUGCUUCUUCUCCCUCUGCUUCUCCUCCCCCCCCCCUCUCCUCACCUUCAACGGUUACCUCAACUUCCUGCACCUCAGGGGUUCCGACCUCACUACCCGCCGAGAGUUGUUCAGAUGAGUCUGACAAUGAGCUUAGCCAGAAGCUGGAUGACUUAGAUAACUCGUUGGAAGCCAAGGCUAAGCCGGCCUCUGGCCUAGACGCUAGCUUCAGUAGUAUCAGAAUGGAUAUGUUCAGUGUGUAGGAGUGGAAAAAAAGGAUCCCUUGCUUAAAGAAAAAAAAAUAAGACUUUUAACUGCAGUUCCAAAGUUUCUCUUAACCCAAAAAAAUUACAGUACCAAAUGAUUGACUCAGGAUUGUUUUUCCCAUAUUGAUAUGCUGGCAAGAUAUUGAUUGAUUUUUGUUAUGGACAGAACUGUUGCAGAUGCUUGACUGAGCUUAUAUUGUAUACAAAAACACGGAGUAGGAAAAGAUCCCACAGGCUCCUUUCGGGGGAGCUUGUUUCAAGCCAAAAACUCUCACGAUAGCAAAUUGCACCUCAGCUGGAUUGCUUUCCAAAUGCUAGCAUGUACUGUAUGGGAGGAUGGUCCCCACCCCUCAAAGAGAAUCUCUCUUAGUUUAGAUAGGUGUAAUUCAGUAGCUUUAAAUUCUCAGGUCAGAACAUAACAUUUCUCAUUUGUUAAAGCAGCAACAAGCCUGGGUACACUCGGCUUCUAACCAAAACAUGUCAAGCUUUAUCGGACGCAUUUUCUUGAUGUGUGUAGAGUACCAAGAGACAAUAUUACUGUUACAAUGAACGAUGUGCAUAUCCUUUUAGUUCUUGCCCUACAAAAACAGUAUGUUUUCGCCACUGAGGGACUUUAGGAUGGUGAUCAGUAACGUGUGUGAUGCCCCUGUGUUUGCCAGUUUGUACUACAGCAAGCUGUGUCUAUUUCCGACUCCCUUUUUCUUGUAGAAUAUACUGAUCUGUGCCAACUCUUACCUUCUUACUUUUGAUCUCUGCUCACCCUUUUCUGGAGAGGUAAUAACUCUAGUUUUGAUAGACUCUGGAGGAGUAUGUGAAUAAUAAGACAUUUUUCAUUUGUGAAUUGCUGUACUGAUACGGUACCUGCUUGUGUCUGGACUAUAGUGCACUUAUUUCAGUUUUUGUUUUAUUUUUUUUAUAUUAUUAUUUCUGUAGGCCAUUUGUUAAUUUAAUAGACUUUUUUUUGUCUGUUUGUUUUAAUUAUUGUUUGUGUUUAUUGCAGCAGCAUAUUGUUCACAAUUGUUAGAGGAUUGAUGCCUAAUGAUCCAGAGACCUAUUUAUCAAUUGGUGCAUCCAUGAAAGUAGUACUGUAUACUUGAAACUAUUAAGGUACAAGUUGGUCAAAAUGUUUUGUAAGUAAAAAAAAAAAAAAAAAGUAUGAAUAUUUGCUCUUCGCUAGCAAAUAUGCUGCUUUAAAAAGGGGGACUACAGCAUUUGUUUUGUAUAAAGAAACACUUUCCUUGUGCUUGUAGACUGACUACAGUGUUACACCUAUACACUGCCAUUUAGUGCAUAGGAUUUUGUCCUCCAUCUCUCCUGGCAAAUCUGUCGAUCUGUCACGAGAAGAAAACAUUUUGCUUUAUACAGGUAUCGUAGUCAUUCAAACAUUACAAAGUAUUACCUUACAAUAACGUUUUGCUGCUACUAUGUCAUGUUAUUUUUGCUCGCCAUAAAUUCUCAACUUUCUACCAGACAGAUUACUGACCCCAUGAAUUGCUUUGCUUCACUUUUUCUAAUUUUUAUCACUUUUUGUUUCGGUUAUUUUGCUGUGGAACUUAAAUGAAUGUGAAGGCUGUCAAAGGGUGUUCAAUUUUUAAGGAUCACUUUCUAGUUUGGUAAGGUAAGCAAACGUGAUUCAUUCCAAAGUAACAGAAGGCUAUUUGUAUGAAAGAAGAAGGGUUGUGAACAAAGAAGGCUAAGCUGUUGUAUAUAUUCGUAGUUGGCUGUGCAUGGUACAAAUUUAUUAAUAUGAAGAAAUGCAAAAAUGUAUUGCUUUUGGUAUUUCCUAUUCUGAGAUGAGCAAGUAGCAUGUAAUGCAACUGUUUGACAGGUUAAAUCAAAUCAUGCUUAGUUUUUGUUUUAAAUUAUGAAAUCAAGUAACAUUUCCUCUGCCAUUUUAUUAUUGUACAGGUGUUUUCUUUUCGUUUUACCGCAGAAAUGUCCGUUUUUAAUUCUCUUUUACGUGUGAACUUUUUAAAUGUUCUUAUUUGGAUUUUUAGUAUUUUAACAUUUACUUUAAUCCUGAAGACACUUUUCGAUUGUGUUUCACGAGAGACAUCCUGGCCUGCUAAGGUGCAGUUCUGCCGUUGUACAAACACAAGCAAACAGUCCUGAUUCCAAAGGCUCCCACAACCUGGCGUUCUGCCUUUCCCCCCACUAUGUGGCUCAGCAUUGCAAGACUGAACUGUCAGCUAGCAUCACUCGCUAAGAUGUUAGCAUCAGACAGAAUGCUUCCCACACUAAGGACUGGUAAAAGCUAACAAACCAACAAAUGGAUGGUCCAAUAAUAUAACUGUACAUAAAUAUUGCAACUGCACAGCAGCCAAAAAAAGAAAAAAAAGUACCUUUUUAAAACGGAUGGAUUGUGUCAUGCUUUGAGGACAGCCUUCAAAAGGUUGAAAUUGGAAUUGUUCUUCUGGAUGUCAAAGGGAUUUUCACGGCGCAAUCAUAUCCUACACAAUAUGUACUCUCAACAUCUGGGUUACAUCGGAAAUGCACCCUGGGGUUUUAAUAAGAGGAGGCCCCUAUGGCUGAAACUUUAAAUAAACUAAACCAAAAAUGUUAUUGAUGUUUUAUAUAUAGAGUAGUCGCAUUAGUUUUUGUUACUGUAAUGUUUGAGGUCUCAAUUGUACCAUACCACGGUAAUUACAUGGUUUUGAAACCUUUUUUUAUUUUGUCACAGACCUGUUGUCAUAGUUGAAAUGGCGUUUAUUGUAGAUGGUAUUUGAACAACUUCUGGAAAUAGUUCAUUAAGUAUGUUUGUUGCUCAUUGUUGUGAUACAUUAAAAACUGUAUCUGCAAACAA